AUGGCGUCUUCAGCCAGCUCGAGCUCUGCUAGAACCAGAGCCCCGAUGCAGCACAUCGACCGCAAGGAGCUCUACACCAGUCUCGAGGCGCGCAUCCGCUAUCUCCAUUCCUUCCUUGAUUUCGGCACCGAUGACGUCGAAGCUCUCUCCUCCGGCGCCAAGUACAUCCAAGCCCUGAUCCCCGCCGUAGUCAACAUCGUCUACAAGAAGCUCCUCCAAUACGACAUCACGGCGCGCGCCUUCCAGACCCGCAGCACCGCCUUCGAGGGUUCCAUGGACGAGGUCCCCGACGAGGAAAGCCCCCAGAUUCUCCACCGCAAGCUGUUCCUGCGCGCAUAUCUUAAGAAGCUAUGCUCGGACCCUACGCAGAUGGAGUUCUGGGAGUAUCUCGACAAGGUGGGCAUGAUGCACACUGGGCUCGGCCGCACGCACCCGCUGCACAUUGAGUACAUCCACAUUGGCGUCACCCUGGGCGUCAUCCAGGACAUUCUCAACGAGGCCAUCCUGUCGCACCCACGCCUGCCGAUGCCGCGCAAGAUUGCCUUUGUCAAGGCACUGGGCAAGGUCAUUUGGAUCCAGAACGACUUAUUCACCAGAUGGUAUGUACAUGAUGGUGAAGAGUUCACGGACGGAAUGGACUUUGGCGUCGUAGAGAAGGAAGGGUUCUUGCAUGGCAAGAAGGUGCUGGAUGAGACUGCCGAAGCCUCUUUUUCUUCGGCUGCUGCUGCUGCUGCUACUGGCAGCUCAGCAUGUCCUUUUUCGUCCGUUGUCGAAAGCAAAGACUGGGCGGCGGCGGCGGCGGCAUCUGCAUCUGACAGUACGUGUCCGUUCUCUGGAGCCAGCAAGGCGAUGGAGGGUCUCAGCAUCAAGGAUAAGAAGCCAGUGUCUGCGGCUAAGAACAACGAUGACGCUAGGUCUGAUACAACGGAGAAGGCGUCCCGUCAAGAGAAAACCAUCUGA